AUGGAUGAAAGUUUUCAUAAAUACUUCAGUAUUAACCGAUAUUUCAUGAUAUCUACCGGUUCCUGGCCAUAUCAAACAGGAAUCUCUGCUAUAGCAGCUCAACUUUGUUUUAUUUUGCAACAUAUCAGCAUUAUUGUACCAGAGAUCAUCAAACUUUUUAAUAGUACCGAUGACAUUGAUCUCGUAUUUGAAAGUGUGCCUCCCAUCUUUUACAACCUGCUGAUAGCUGUUAUGUUUGUAUGUUUAACAUACAACACACGAAAGACAAAAUGUUUUUUAGAGAAAAUUAACGGGGAUUGGCUAAGUUUGAAUAAUGCAGAAGAUAGACAAAUUUUAUCAAAUUAUGCAGAAGUAGGAAUACUAAUGUCUUGGGUAUAUAUUGUUUCUUGUUAUUCUACACUACUUUUGUAUUGCGCUGUUCCAUUGGAACCAAUCAUAAUGGAUUUUUUUAUACCAUUGAACGAAUCAAGACCAAAAAUACCGUUAUAUCGAACUGAAUUUUUCGUGGACGAAAACAAAUAUUUCUACCCUAUUCUACUGCAUAAUUUCUUAACUACAAUUUUAGGAAUGUUUGCUCUUGUAAAUCUUGACAUUUAUAUAGCCACAACUACUCAACAUAUAUGCGGAAUGCUUGCCAUUCUCGGAAGACGGUUACAAAAUAUUCAAAAGGAAAAGAUUGUUGGUAAAUUGGAGGAUGGCUUUUUUCAUGAAACUGUAACCUGCGUAAAAUUGCAUAUUAAUAUUUUAGACUUAUUGAAAAUUAUGACCGACACAAUCAGUUUUUCAUUUGCUAUUUUGCUGGUGAUUCUCUUAGCAAUGUUGACCUUCACUGGCCUCGUGGUUGUAAUCAAAUGGGGACAAUGGACUGAAGUUAUUCGCUUUGUAUUAUUUACAUCUGCAGAACUAUUUCAUAUAUUUUGUUACAGUUAUCAUAGUCAAAAUUUACUAAAUCACCAUGAACAAUUAUUCAAUGCAAUACAAUUUUCCGGCUUGUAUGAAUCAUCGAUUAGGACACGAAGGCUUAUCAAUAUAAUGCUUUUAAGAUGUUCAAGACCAUUUCUUAUCCUGUGUCUAAUAUUCCCGUUGAGCAUGCAGAACUUUACAUUGAUCGUGAAAACAUCGUUUUCCUACUUCACCGCUGUCAAAUCUGUUAGAUAA